AUGGCAGGUGAAGCUGAUCAUGAAGAAGCAGAAGUAAAGCUUAUUGGUAUUUGGGGUAGCCCUUUUGUUAAGAGAGUUAAAAUUGCCUUACAAAUGAAGGGUAUAAAGUAUGAAGAUAUUGAAGAACCAGAUGUUUAUGGAAUCAAGAGUCCUCUUCUUCUUCAAUACAAUCCGGUCCACAAGAAGGUUCCUGUUCUCAUCCAUCGUGGAAAACCCAUUGUUGAAUCACUCGUGAUUCUUGAAUAUAUUGAUGAGACUUGGAAUGAAUCUCCCAUUUUGCCUAGUGAUCCUUACCAGAGAUCCCUAGCUCGUUUUUGGGCUAAAUACUUGGAUGAAAAGUUAAUUCCUGCUAUUUGGAAGAGUUGUUGGAGCAAAGGAAAAGAACAAGAAGAAAAAAUGGAAGAAUGUUUUGUGAUAUUGAAAACCCUAGAAGAUGAACUCAACGGUAACAAGUUCUUCGGCGGGGAGACGAUCGGACUGGUCGAUAUCGCCGCCAAUUUAUUGACUGUUUGGCUUGAUGUUCUUGAGCAAAUCGCCGGAAUCAACCUACUGACCGUCGACAGAUUCCCAAUCUUAUGCAGAUGGAGAGAUGAUUAUGUCAAUUGUACUGUCAUCAAGGAUAAUCUUCCAUCUCGUGAAAUGUUGCUGGCUUUCUUUUCCGGCCAACUUCAAGCUACUCCACCGCCGACGACUACUUAGUCUCGCCGGC